CGUUAUUUCCCACGCUGACGACCAGGAUCGAUUUAUUUUGUCACGUGGGCACAUCACAUCUUCCUUCCUCCCCUUUUCUUCUCUUUCCUUUACGACGCGCCGGUAUUCAAUAUGUGGCUUUCAGAUGCUCAGAAAAUAGGCGUGGCCCUCACGACGUUCGGCGCGCUGUUUAUGUUGCUGGGCGUCAUGCUCUUCUUCGAUGGCGCUCUUCUGGCUCUCGGCAACAUCCUCUUCGUUUCAGGCCUUACCCUCAUAAUUGGACCCCAUAAAACGUUUUAUUUCUUCGCAAGGAAGCAGAAACUACGUGGCACCAUAUGUUUCAUCGGUGGGAUUAUUCUAGUUUUCGUAAAGUGGCCGUUCGUUGGUAUGGUCGUGGAGACGUUUGGGUUCUUGAACCUGUUCGGUGACUUCUUCCCUGUCGUCAUUACUUUUAUGAGGCAGUUACCUUUUAUUGGGACGAUGCUGUCGCUCCCUUACGUGAGAGAUGUAGUAGAUCGUAUUGCAGGGUCGCGAACAUCUGCCGUAUAA